GGCAUUUUGUGAAGGGAAGAAACAACGGAAGCACGCAAACGAUGGCGGCGAUUGCAGCAGCGAAAGUCCAGGAAGUGCGGGAAAUCACUCGAAUCGAGCGAAUUGGUGCUCAUUCCCACAUUCGAGGUCUUGGCCUAGAUGACAGUUUGGAGCCUCGACAUGUGUCACAAGGAAUGGUGGGUCAGUUGGGUGCUCGUAGAGCUACAGGGGUUAUCCUGGAGAUGAUUAAGGACGGGAAAAUCGCAGGACGUGCUGUUCUGCUGGCAGGUCAGCCUGGAACUGGAAAAACGGCGAUAGCAAUGGGUCUGGCUCAGGCUCUUGGACAAGACACACCAUUCACCUCCAUGGCAGGAUCUGAGAUUUAUUCGUUGGAGAUGAGUAAAACCGAGGCGCUCACUCAGGCAAUACGAAAAUCCAUUGGUGUACGAAUUAAGGAAGAGACUGAGAUAAUCGAGGGUGAAGUUGUGGAGAUUCAGGUGGACAGGCCGGCAACUGGUGUUGGUGCCAAAGUUGGUAAACUCACUCUGAAGACAACGGAGAUGGAGACGAUUUACGAUCUUGGUAAUAAAAUGAUUGACAGUCUGAUGAAGGAGAAAGUUCAGGCUGGGGAUGUCAUCACCAUCGAUAAGGCAACAGGGAAAAUAAAUAGACUGGGAAGAUCGUUCACACGAGCUAGGGAUUAUGACGCCACUGGAUCUCAAACACGAUUUGUCCAGUGCCCUGAGGGUGAGCUACAGAAACGCAAAGAAGUCGUUCACACGGUUUCACUCCACGAGAUCGACGUAAUCAACAGCAGAACGCACGGAUUUUUGGCACUAUUUUCUGGUGACACUGGGGAAAUAAAAUCUGAAGUACGAGAGCAGAUUAAUUCGAAAGUUGGGGAGUGGCGAGAGGAGGGAAAAGCUGAAAUUGUACCUGGGGUUUUGUUUAUUGAUGAGGUCCACAUGCUCGACAUCGAGUGCUUCUCGUUUUUGAAUCGAGCACUUGAGAAUGAAAUGUCACCGAUUGUCAUUAUGGCGACAAACAGAGGCAUCACGAGGAUAAGAGGAACGAAUUACAAGAGCCCUCAUGGAAUUCCCAUUGACCUCCUCGACAGAAUGAUUAUUGUUCCAACUACUCCCUAUCAGGAGAAAGAUCUCAAGGAAAUACUGAAAAUUAGGUGCGAGGAAGAGGACUGCGAAAUGGCUGAUGAUGCACUCACUGUGCUCACGAGAAUUGCAGCGGAUUCUUCUCUCAGAUAUGCUAUUCAACUCAUCACCACUGCCUCGUUGGUCAGUCGCAAGAGGAAAAGUACUGAGGUCAGUAUUGAUGACGUGAAGAGAGUUUAUUCCCUCUUCCUCGAUGAACACCGAUCGACUCAGUAUUUAAAAGAAUAUCAAGACGAUUUCAUGUUCAAUGAACUUCCUGAGCAACAGCCAAUGGAAAUAGUCUAGGAGGUCGUCAACUAGUUUUUCUACUUAAUCAGCUGUUUUUAUCCGCAAAAAUGGAAUAAAUAUUCCAUAAUCCAUCGAUAUUCGCAUUCCGUUUCUCAUCGGUUCAUGUU